AAUGGUUUUUAAUCUGAAAGUGUUUCCUGAACAGGAAGUGCAUCUGCUGGGUCUCUUCAAAAUAAAACAUCAUAAAUCAGCCACAGCCUGGAGGCUGAAUGCGACUCAGCAGGUUGUGGGUUCAAAUCCCGACCUCGGGUUCUUCAGUGCGCCUAUCCGGGUUCUGUCCGGGUCCGCGCCCCCAUGCUUAUUUCCGGUGCUCUUAUUGUGACAGUCGGACUCUUAUUUUGAAAGACGGCGGCGGCGGCCCAUUCUGGGUCGGAGCAGCUGGAGGUUCGGAUAACAUGGCGGGUCGGGACCGGAUCGUUCACCUCCUCAAACAGCUGGAGCGCGCAGCGUGCAGAUGCCCCGCCCACUCCCACACCUUCCAUCAAGGAGCGGCAGCGGCCGGCGGCAGGAAGACGGACUACGCCUUCGAGAUGGCCAGCUCCAACAUCCGCUACGGAGCCGGGGUCAGCGCUGAGGUCGGCAUGGUAACCACCUUCUUCAUCAUCAUCAUCAUCACAGCGAGCCGAGGACGAACCAGAACCAGAACCAGAACCAGAACCAGAACCAGGCUGAAUGUCCAGAAGGAGGCGCUGCAGCACAGAUCUGACCUCCAGAACCUGGGAGCCCAGAACGUGUGUCUGAUGACGGACCGGACCCUGACCCGCCUGCCGCCCAUGCAGGCCGUCCUGGAGUCCCUGGUGAGGAACCGAGUCCGUUUCCAGGUGUUCGACGAUGUCCGGGUGGAGCCCACCGACUCCAGUUUUAAAGAAGCGAUCUCGUUUGCGAAGACGGACUCGUUCGACGUGUUCGUGGCGGUGGGCGGCGGCUCCGUCAUCGACACCUGUAAAGCCGCCAACCUGUACUCCUGCCAUCCAGACGCCGACUUCCUGGACUUUGUCAACGCUCCGAUAGGGAAGGGCAGGCCGGUGACCAGAGCUCUGAAGCCGCUCAUCGCAGUUCCAACGACCGCAGGCACCGGCAGCGAGACCACCGGGGUCGCCAUCUUCGACUACGAGCCUCUGAAGGCCAAAACAGGUAUCGCCAGCAGAGCGCUCCGACCCACGCUGGGCAUCGUGGACCCGCUGCACACUCUGAGUAUGCCGGAACGAGUCGCCGCCAACAGCGGCUUCGACGUGCUGUGCCACGCUCUGGAGUCCUACACCGCCCUGCCCUACAGCCAGAGGGCGCCCUGCCCCACCAACCCCAUCAACCGGCCCGCCUACCAGGGCAGCAACCCCAUCAGCGACGUCUGGUCCCGCCACGCCCUCAGCGUGGUCUCCAAGUACAUGAAGCGGGCGGUGCGGGACUCGGAGGACCUGGAGGCUCGAUCCAGCAUGCACCUGGCCAGCGUGUUCGCUGGGAUCGGCUUCGGGAACGCCGGAGUCCAUCUGUGCCAUGGGAUGUCCUACCCCAUCGCUGGGAAUGUGAAAACUCACACAGCCAGGGGCUACAGCGUGGAGCACCCCCUGGUGGUGAGACACGCAGUGUACAUUAUUCCUGAUCUCCGGCCGGCCUGCCGCUUCAACGCCUCCGUGUCUCUGCAGCCUCACGGACUCUCCGUCGUUCUGACGGCGCCGGCCGUCUUCAGCUUCACCGCACCCAUGUGCCCAGAGCGCCACCUGGAGGCUGCCGAGAUCCUGGGUGCAGACGUGCGGCAGGUGAAGCGUGCGGACGCCGGCGCCGUUCUGGCCGACACGCUGCGCCGCUUCCUGUUUGACCUCCAGGUGGAGGACGGACUCGGCGCCGUCGGAUACGAUAAGGACGACAUUCCUGCUCUGGUGAAAGGAACGCUGCCUCAGGAGCGCGUGACCAAACUGUCUCCGCGGGCGCACACCGAGGAGGACCUGAGCCGCCUGUUUGAGACCUCCAUGAAGCUGUAUUGAUCCGCCUGCAGCCACCAGGGGGCUCCACCUUCAUCCUGCAGUUAAUCAGUAUUUGACCGGGUCAGAACCGGGUCAGAACCGGGUCAGAACCGGUCUUUAAUGAAUUGUGAUUUAAAGCUUCAGGAAAAACAGAUCCAGAACCUGAAGUUCUGAAGGAAUCAGGUGAUGAUUUAUUGGAUCAGAACCGGGUCGGAUCAGAACCGGCUGUUUUUGUGAUUUUAACUUUUGAUCAGAAUAAAAUCUGCUUCCUGUCUGGUUCUUUAA